UCAAUCCAUUCUUUCAUGCGGCUUGACUCUCACACAGACACACACGCUUCCCUCAGCGGAAGAAUGACGAGCGUGGCGUCCACUCCGGCCGGGCAGCAGCCCGCGUCCCGCGUGAGUACUCCCCUGAGCCCGGCGCGGAUCUCCCGGCUGCAGGAGAAAGCGGAGCUGCAGCAGCUCAACGACCGUCUGGCCGCGUACAUCGAUAAAGUGCGCAGUCUGGAGUCUGAGAACAGCGUGCUGCAGCUGCAGAUCAGUGAGCGCGAGGAGGUGCGGAGCCGCGAGCUCACCGGACUCAAAGCGCUCUACGAGACCGAGCUGGCGGACGCCCGUAGGUCGCUGGAUGACACGGCGCGGGAGCGUGCGCGGCUGCAGAUCGAGCUGGGCAAGAUUAAAGGCGAGCACGAGCAGCUGCUGCACAAUUACGCUAAGAAGGAUGCAGAUCUGUCUGGCUCUCAGGCUCGACUGAAGGAUUUAGAAGCUCUGCUAAACUCUAAAGAUGCUGCGCUGAACACGGCUGGAUCUGAGAGGAAAUCACUGGAGAACACACUCGCUGAUCUACAGAUACAAAUACAGGAGCUGGAGGCGGGUUUGAGUUCUGCUAAGAAGCAGCUGUCAGAUGAAACAUUACUGCGAGUGGAUCUGGAGAACCGAUGUCAAAGCCUCAUGGAGGAGCUGGACUUCAGGAAGAACAUGUUUGAGGAGGAGAUCAAAGACACUCGGCACAGACUUGAGACCCGUCUAGUGGAGGUGGACUCGGGUCGGCAGAUGGAGUACGAGUUUAAACUGGCUCAAGCGCUCACUGACAUGAGACAACAACAUGACGAGCAGGUCAAACUGUACAAGGAGGAGAUGGAGCAGACAUACAUUGCCAAGCUGGAGAACGUGCGUCUGUCAUCAGAAAUGAACAGUUCUUCUGCGAGCAUGGCCCGUGAGGAGCUCCGCGAGUCCUCGCUCAGAGUCGAGAGUCUCGCCUCACAACUGGCGAACCUGCAGAAAGAGGCUCGUGGUUGGCAGGAUCGCAUCAGUGAACUGGAAGCGGCUCUCACUCAUGAGAAAGAUUUGAGCCGCAGGUUACUGGCUGAGAAAGAGCGAGAAAUCGCUGAGAUCCGCGCGAAAAUGCAGCAGCAGCUGGAUGAGUACGAGCAACUGCUGGAUGUGAAACUGGCUCUGGACAUGGAGAUCAAUGCUUACAGGAAACUGCUGGAGGGAGAGGAAGAGAGGUUGAAGCUGUCUCCCAGCCCCUCGUCUCGUGUGACGGUGUCUCGUGCGUCCUCCAGUCGCAGCGUUCGCACCACGCGUGGGAAGAGAAAGCGUGUGGACGUGGAGGAGUCUGAGGCGAGCAGCAGUGUCAGUAUUGCUCACACGGCAUCUGCUACUGGAAACGUCUGUAUCGAUGAACUCGAUGUGGAUGGGAAAUUCAUCCGCUUGCACAACAACUCUGAACAGGAUCAGCUGAUGGCCGGAUUUCAGCUCAUCAGAACUAGCGCAGAUGUUUCUGCUACAUACAAAUUCACAGCCAAAUAUGUCCUAAAAGCUGGACAGAAAGUGACGAUCUGGGCGUGUAACGCAGGCGUGAGCUCCAGUCCUCCAUCUGAUCUGAUCUGGAAGAACCAGAACUCAUGGGGAACCGGAGAGAACAUUAAAGUGAUUCUCAUGAGUCCAGGCGGAGAGGAAGUGGCCGUGAGGAGCACUGUGUUCAAGACUGCAGUGGAGGAGGAAGAGGAGGAAGAUGAGCAGGAAGUCAUUGAGGAGCAUCUCUUUCACCAGCAGGCCAGUCCCCGUGCUGCCAAGAGAGGAUGUUCCAUCAUGUGAUCAACACUACAGACAAUCAGAGCUGCCAGCUGAACCACGCUCAACCUCCUGCUUCUAAACUAUUUUCUGAGUGAUGAUCUUUUCUGUUUCUUUUUUUUUUUUUUUCAUUUUGUUUGAAUUUAUUGUAUCAACUUUUGAAUGAACCAAAUGUUUUUCUAUUCCUGUAUAAAUGAGCUCUGUGAGGGUGAAACACUUUUAUAGACUUGUUUACGUCAGGUUCUGUGACUAACCUUUUUUAUCAUGUUUCUAUUUUAUAAGAUGACAUUUUUGGUCUCUUUAUAGACGAGCAGUUUUUAUAAUGGCUAAUAGUUUUUAGUAAAAGGUUAUUACAAAUAGUUGAAUGUAGACACCUUUGCAUGGUAGUUUGGAAAUAUUAAGAGUGUAAUUUUACAUCUGUUUGUAAGUAAUUCACUACAUGAUCACAGACUGAUUCCAAAACAUCUCUUCAGCAGGAUAUGGUGACAGACGGUCAAGAGACUUGACUAACCUGAAUAUUUCUAACAUAUGGGACAGAAGUGUCUCAGUUUUUAACACCCAUGUGUUGGGUAAUUUAGCCAAGAAUGUGAAGUGACUUUAUUUUUAAACCCAAUGCUGGAGCAGUGAAUGUAUGAUGGGUGUGAUUGAGGAAUGUGAACAGCUAAUCUCAAACCGCUGUCAUUUAUGCUAAAGAGGAGUAGUUUUGGAGUCUAAAACGUGUUUUUCUUUUCAUUGUUGCGAAUGUCUCCUCCACAGACACAGAUUGCAUUGAUCAAGCCAUUGAAAAUGCCAGUGGGCAUUGAAUACACUGCCAGCCCUUAUGAUCAGUUGGCUCGGAUGGUUCGAGCCAUUACAGAAAGCUAAUAAACCUCAUGGAAAGUCCGUACUGUAUCUUGAUUUGUUGCUCUUGUUUUUUGCUUCUAUAUAUAUAUAUAUACUUGAUCUGGCCUAAUGUGACUGAUCAGGUCGCCGGAGUGGAUUGCUGAAAUUGUACCAAUUUUGUUUGAAAUGUCUAACACUAGCCUUAUGCAUACAUUUUCAUCUUAACCUUUUAUUUUAAGAAUUGUGGAUUGUCACUUGCAUGCAACCUUUAUAUUUGCAUUGAUCA